CUUCUAUCUUGAACCCACCCACUCUAUACACGUCGACCUCAUCUUACAAUACACCAUCAGCACAGUUUACUAGAUCGCACACGAUGACCCGUACCGAGGUGGGUAUUCAUGUUCUUGGCUCGUGUGACGGUCGUGCCCCACGCGGCCUACAUAGUCCCACGGUGCAUAUAGCUGACGAUAGCUUGAUUCCAUGUCGACUUUAUCAUAUUUCCACGAUUCCUCCUUGUCACUAUUGUAUGACCCGCCAAUCUCACCCAUCACUCUCGCUCCACGGCCAUCUCACAAACCCUGCCCCGUUCCUUAUCUCCGGCUAAUCGCCCGGGCAUGACCUGCGGGUCUCACAUUCACUGCGCACAGCGAAACCAAUCCACCCUUGCACUGCUCAAGGAUCGUCACUCACGAUCUGGACUCGCAAGCAAGUCUGAGACUAUGCGAAAGAACGGAGCUGGCGCGCACAAUUGGGGCUCGUACCAGCAAGAAGGAGAGUAUGAGCUCGAAGCGGAUCAAGACGUUCGACUUGAAACGGAUGCCGACGCCUUGGCAAACGGUCACGAGGAGGAUGACUUGCAAGCUCUCGAGCUGGACGAUGGAGCCCAAGGAGCCUUCAUGGACCGACAUGAUGAUACCCUUGGGCCUCUUCCUUCUGACAACAACAACAACGCCAACAAGCAGAAUCACCAGGAGGGAGGUGAAAACAAGGACCUCAUGAAGGAGGCCAUUGCUGCUUCGCCAUCCGACUCGAUGUCCAGCUUUGAUUCGUUCGAAGCUGUCAAGCGGCCUGGAAGACGACUCAGUAACGUCAGUGACCAGGAAAGAGAGAGAGCAAGGGUCUAUCGAGAGGGCGUGAUGCACAAACCCUCUGGAUCCAUUGAUCUCGCCAAUAUCGCAAGGACCUCGUACGGUAUUGCGCAGUCACCUCCCAGCGUCAGCUACCUCGGCACUUCGCCCACUAAGGCGAAGGUGAGCAGUCGCCAUGCAAAUUAUGCUAGGGGUUGACGUGUUGGACAGAGAUACUAGAAAUAUUGGAUCCGGUAAUGCGCGCCAUACGCCGAGUCCAAUUCCCAAGAUAUACAUUCCCCUUCCCUUCCCUCAAUCCCUAGACGGGACCACAUCACCUCACCAUUUUGAGUAACGACGCCACCGAACCCCCAUUGUUGUCUACGCGAGAGGAAAGUUGA